AUGGGGAACGCUCCCGGUUCGACUCUGCAGGAGCUGAGCGCGUGUGAAAUCUCAUCAGUGGUACCUGCAGAGUUCAUGACCGGUGUCCGUCCUGUCCAACUCACCUUCCACGAGUUUCAAGAAGUUCUUCGGCCUGAAGAAAUCUGUCAAAACAUCCAACGGUACAUCCGACCAUGUUUCCAGAACCUUCGACAUGACAGACUCCGUGCGUCUGCUCUGAGCUUGGUUCUGAAGGGUGGUGUUCAGCAGAAGCUGCGCUGGUACUUCAAGCUCUAUGACGUGGACGGCAGCGGCUGCAUCGACCGCGAGGAGCUGCUGUUCAUCUUCAAGGUAUCUGCUGGAGUCAUAGAUCAUCAUCUUACGGGAUAUGAGUUUAGGGGUUUGGUGUUUUGGUGUAUCGACCUCAAUGGAGACGGUGAACUCUCUCAGGAGGAGUUUAUGGAGGGCAUUCAGGCCGACGAGGUUCUGUUGAAGAUGUUGACUCAGAGUUUGGAUCUGACUCACGUCGUCAAGAAGAUCUACAGCGAGAUCAACCCUGAGCAGCAGCUGCACUGACCCCAGACCUGCCGAUGAGGACGAUGCUGGUUCUGUAUUUCUCAUCUUAAAAGCUGAACUUUACCAUUGAGUGAUCUCAAAGAAUAACAUUAGCGACUGAAACCCAGUUCAUUCAAGUGCACUUAUACACACUAAAACCUUCAUUCCUGUACAAUACACCAUUCUUCAGUCCUAUGAUGUGUAUAUAUAUAUAUAUUUAUA